CAUCCUGGGCCCGCAUCGCCGCCAUCGCCAACGAGAACUCCUUCCUGAUGAACUACGUCGAUUUCUGGGGCCAUCCGGACCCGGACAUGCUGGAGGUCGGCAACGGCGAUCUCACACUGGCAGAGAACAGAGCGCAUUUUGCGCUCUGGGCUGCGAUGAAGUCGCCCCUGAUCAUCGGGACUGCUCUCGACUCUAUCGACCCGGCCCACCUCGCCAUCCUCUCAAAUAAGCACCUCCUGGCGUUCCAUCAGGACCCGGUGGUCGGCCGCCCCGCGCACCCGUACAAAUGGGGGUAUAAUCCUAACUGGACGUUUGACCCUGCUCAUCCGGCAGAGUACUGGUCCGGCGCGUCGUCGACGCUGGGCGGCACGCUGGUGCUGAUGUUGAAUUCGGAAGAUACUAAGCAGACGCGUACGGCUGUGUGGAAGGAGGUUCCUGAGCUGAAAGAUGUUCUCAGGAGGCAGGGGAGACGGCGCCCUGGAUUUCGUGUGACGGAUGCCUGGACCGGGAAGGAUUUGGGCUGUGUGAGAGAUCAGUACCGUGUGCAAUUGGAGAGCCAUGAUAUUGCUGCGUUGGUUGUGGGGAGGGCAUGCUAA